AAUAAUGGGAAUAAUCAGAAUAAUGGGAAUAAUCAGAGUAAUGAGAAUAAUCUGAAUAAUCUGAAUAAUUGUUCUGUGUGACAUUGCCAGGGCCCUGCUGCUGCUCCCAGGGAAAAAUGGGAAUAACCAGAAUAAUCAGAAUAAUGGGAAUAACCAGAACAAUCUGAAUAAUGGGAAUAACCAGAAUAAUGGGAAUAACCAGAAUAAUGGGAAUAACCAGAAUAAUCUGAAUAAUGGGAAUAACCAGAAUAAUGGGAAUAACCAGAAUAACCAGAAUAAUGGGAAUAACCAGAAUAACCAGAAUAAUGGGAAUAACCAGAAUAAUGGGAAUAACCAGAAUAAUGGGAAUAACCAGAAUAAUCUGAAUAAUGGGAAUAACCAGAAUAAUGGGAAUAACCAGAAAAACCAGAACAAUGGGAAUAACCAGAACAAUGGGAAUAACCAGAACAAUGGGAAUAACCAGAAUAAUCUGAAUAAUGGGAAUAACCAGAAUAAUGGGAAUAACCAGAAUAACCAGAAUAAUGGGAAUAACCAGAAUAAUGGGAAUAACCAGAAUAAUGGGAAUAACCAGACCCAUCGCUCUGUGUUUGUGGAGAUAAUCCCAGCCUUAGUGACACCAUUUCAUUUGGCAAUUUUCCUUCCAGGCCUGUCUUUCUCAAUGGUUUUUUUUAGCAGAAAGUUGCGUUUUGCAUUCCUGAGCCCUGCGGCUCCAUUUCUAUUUCUGGGGGUUAUUUUUGGCAGGAUAAAUCUGAUAUUGUGACCUCCAUUCCUUGACUGCAGGGCAGGGGUAAUUCUGCACCUGUGGUUUCCUUCACCUUUCACCCAAAAAAAGGGAAUUUUGCAACUUCUCCAGGCCUGGCAGAUAAGGGGGAGUGAGAAGGGGAGGCAGUGACUGCAGGUCGUUGGGAAUAAUCAGAAUUGAUUGGAAACAAUUAGAAAUAAUUAAUAAUAAUUAGAAAUAAUUAAUAAUGACGACGGAUGGUCUCUGCUGCCGGUGCCUGUGGGGUUUCUGUUGGCUUGGGGUGGGUGAGGGAGCUUUCCCAGCAGUGCUGUUCAGGUUGUGGGGUGGUGUAUCCCAUUAAAUCCCCCCUGAGGUCCCAAAACACCCUCAGGGCUUGGGAAUCCCUGGGUUUGGGGUUCCCCAAAUUUCCCAGAGUUUUGGGAAGCCAGGAGGAGCUUUGGGGGGACAACAAAACCGAGGGAGGCAAUUCCCAGGGGCCUGGAGGGGCAGGGAAGGGGAAAGGGGAACGUGGAGUUGGGAAACUGGGCAGGAAUUCUGGCUGUGGGGAGGGAUUUGGGGAUGAAGGAAUUUUGGGGGCAGGGGAAUUUUGGGGGUGAGGGAAUUCCCAGAGGAGCCGUGGCCGCCCCAUCCCUGAAGUGCCCAAGGCUGGGCUGGAGCAGCUCGAGGAUGAGAUGAUCCUGAAAGUCCUCCCUAAAAGCAUCAUUAAUUCUGGGAUAAUGAACUGGGAAGGAAUUCUGGCUGUGGGGAGGAGUUUUGGUGGGAAUGGAAUUCCCAGAGGAAUCCCAAGGCCAGGGCAGGGCAGCUCGAGGUGGUGGAAGUGUGGGGUGGGAUGAGAUGAUCCUAAAAGCCCUCCCCGACCCAAAGCAUCGUUAAUUCUGGGCUAAUUGAAGUUCUCCAGGUGUGCUUUCCCCACUUUGGAGCGAGGAUGGGGCUCCUUCAUCCCGAACUGGUCAGGCAGGGCUGAGCUUUGUGUUUGCAGUCUGCUGCCAGGCCUGGGGAAUGAGGCCUGCUGUUGGUUUGUGAGGGGAGGAGCAGGCCAGCACGUCUGAGAGGUGCUGGCAGGCAUGGAGCACCGAGACUGUCAAAAAAAGGGGAAAAGAGGCUGGAAAUGGUUUUUGAUCCCCACGUAAGCGAAAUGUUGUGCCCAAGGUUCCACGGGCAGCAGGGGAAGUGCUGGGGGCAAGAAGUGCCUGAACUCAGGAAUUCUCAUUUCCUAAUCAAACACCCCUUGGAGGGUUUAACCUUCCACACUGGGGCUGUUGGAGCAGCUCAGUGGCUCAGAAAAGUGAAUUUUGUCCUUGCAGAGCCCCUCUGUCAGCAGCUCCAGGGUUUUCACAGCAGCAGUUCCAGCCCUGGAGAUUCCAGGCUGGAAAAGCUGCAGCAUAAAAGGCAGAACUAUCAGAAAGUCAGAGCUAAAAAAGAGAAUUAUUCCAUUUAAAUAGAAUAGUUCCUUCAUCCACGCUCUGCGGCCGAGGUCAGGCUGACCUUUCCUCCUGCAGGUCGGGUUUGGGGCAUCUCAGAGCAGGAGAAACCUGUGCAAACCCCCUGGGAGGAAAGGCAGUCCUGGGAGGGAGCAGAUCCACCCAGAGCGGCCUUGGUGGCACGUGUGAGGCACCGGAUCCCUCUCUUCCCAAAAUAACCUCCCCUCGCUCCUGCCAGCCCUGCGGACUCAUUCCUGGCACUAUUUUUUCCCCUUUUUCCAGAGGGUUUUAAAUUUCCACCUCCCUUCUCCAGUGUUGUUGUUCAGCAGUCCCAGGGAGACACCAAAAUGCUCUCUGGGAGAGAGCAGGAUCUGCUCCUUUUCCCUGGAAUUAUGGAUAUUUUAAAUUUCCACCUCCCUUCUCCAGUGUUGUUGUUCAGCAGUCCCAAGGAGACACCAAAAUUCACACUGAGAGGGGGCAGGAUCUGCUCCUUUUCCCUGGAAUUAUGGAUCUUUUGGUGUUUUAUUGCAGCUGAGUUCUUUGUGGGGUGAGAAGGGUUGACAGGAGUGGCUCAGUUUUUAUCUGGCACCCCCUAAAAAUCCAUUUCCACCUUGGAGGAAGGGAAAGGAUCCUGGAAAUGCCCUUUUCCAGGGAACUGGGAGAGGGAUUUCCUGCUGAAAGUGGCCCUGGGGGUGGGUCACUCCCCCUGCCCGUGCUGUAUCACCAGGAUAUUUCCCAUUUUUGACAUUUUCCCUUUGGUUUUUGGGUUGCGUUUAGGAGCUGGAGCUCUCCUGGCCCCGGGCAAGUGUGACUGGUAUGGGUAAUGGUGUGAGAGAAGGUGCAGUGGAAUUCCAGAGGGAUGUGGAGCCCGUCCCAGCCCGCAUUCCUGCCGAGGAUAACCAGGAGAAGAAGAAGGUGCUGAACUCCCUGAUGUCUGGGGCUCUGGCUGGGGCUGUGGCUAAAACUGCAGUGGCUCCUCUGGACAGGACAAAAAUCAUGUUCCAAGUGUCUUCAAAAAGAUUUUCUGCCAAGGAAGCGUACAAGCUGAUCUAUCACACCUACCUCAACGAGGGCUUCUGGAGCCUCUGGAGAGGGAACUCGGCCACCAUGGUGCGGGUGAUCCCCUACGCCGCCAUCCAGUUCUGCGCCCACGAGGAGUACAAGCAGAUCCUGGGCAACUACUACGGAUUCCAGGGAAAGGCACUGACACCUUUCCCUCGCUUCAUCGCCGGCUCCCUGGCUGGCACCACGGCUGCCAUGCUCACCUACCCCCUGGACAUGGUCCGUGCCCGCAUGGCUGUCACGCCCAAGGAGAUGUACAGCAGCAUUGUCCACGUCUUCAUCCGGAUAUCCCGCGAGGAGGGGCUGAAAACCUUGUACAGGGGCUUCACACCCACCAUCCUGGGCGUCAUCCCCUACGCCGGCCUCAGCUUCUUCACCUAUGAGACGCUGAAGAAGGUGCAUGCAGGACAUCGUCAGGGAGGAGGGACUCGUCAGGGGCUUGUACAAAGGGCUCAGCAUGAACUGGGUGAAAGGCCCCAUCGCCGUGGGGAUCAGCUUCACCACUUUCGACCUGACGCAGAUCCUGCUCCGCAAGCUGCAGCACGGCCCCGGCCUCGAGAGGUAGUGGCUUUGUGUGCAAAGAGCAGCUCCUUCUUCCUGGCCUCCCACGUGCUCCUGCAGCUGGGAACUCGCCCGUUUGUUGGGUUUUUUUUUUUUCCUGUUGUUCCCGGAUUGGUUUUUUUCCUCCUUUUUAAUUUGGAAGCCUAACUGUUCCCUAAGUGAAAAAUUCCCAAUCGUGCAGAGCUGAGUCCUCAGAGCAGCUGCUGCCUCAGCCUUGUGACGGACUCUGCCCCCAGGAGUGGAGCCUCCCCACCCCACCUGUGCUGCUCCUGGCUCCUCCCCUGGCUCUCCGUGGGCAGAUGGAAGAGGGGGCUUGGAGCUGUUGGGAAUGACGCCCUGGAUCUGGGAAGGGGCAGUUCUGUAGCUCCCUGCAUUCUGCCAAGUGCAAUAUCCCAGUGUAGUCUGUAGGGAAUUCCAGAUUCCCCUGGGCUGUGAAGGCAGGACACUACACUUGUUCCGAAAGCUGAAUGUUUCCUCUGGCUGGGAAUGCUGCCCCUUUUCCGUGGAUUUCCUUGCUUUUGGGUGGAGCUGCAUCAAUGUCCCUCGUUUGUGGUGUCCCUCUGAGAUUACCAAAGACUGGAGGCAGCAGAGGAGGGGAGUUCUGAGCCCUUUCAUGAAGGAGUUUUCCUCUGUGUGCUGUCGGCGUCGCCGAGCAAGGGCUGUGCCUGGAUUCCCAAACUGAUCCACUCCAGCUGCAUCCGUGCUUCCCUUGUGCUGCCUGCCCUGGAGAGGCAGCGUUUUCCAGGGCUGCAGGCGCCGAGGGAGGAGCUGUUCCACCCUCCCAAACCCCUCGUUUCAUUCAGUGUUACCUCUGCUCUGUGCGCCGUGGCAGAACAAACCCUGCUGCAGCCCAGAGCGGCUGUCCCUGGGAGCUGAGCUGGGCGUCCUGGCUGUCCCCUCUGGUACCUGCUGUGUAGGUCCUGUCACUCUGUUCACUGACUCACCCCUCUGCUGUUGAGCCCUAAAAUCCCCCUUGGAACUGAGCCCUUGUGGGCACCACAGCGCUGACCCUGCAGUGCCAGUCACUUCCAGCUGGGAUUCCACAGCCAGCGCUCGAGGGUCUCUGUGUUCCCCUUUCCAAUCAGUUUUCAGGGAAAUGGAGAUUUUUUUGGUGGGUGAUCCAUCCCUUCUGUUAAUUCAGAAGUCAGAGCAGACUUCAGACUCCUCUGAUGAUAGAUUACACGAACCAAGGUGGAAAAAAUCCCUUUCCAGAGAGUCCAUAAUGUAAGAAAAACCCCAAGAUUUACCUUCAAACCUGUCCUUUCCUGGUUGUUCUGUGCUUUAGCUGUUGUGGCUGGAGGGGAUGAGUGGGAAUGGAAGGAAUUGCACAAGGGGGCAGGAGCAGCCUUCUCCUUUCUUUUUUGUCUUUGCACUUCUUCGGAGCACCAAGCUGCUCCUGAUGCCAAAUAUUUCCUUAGGAAUCAGGGCAUGUGGCAGUGGCACUGCAGUGUUGGCACAAGAUUGUCCCCAGCACCGGCCUGGGGCAGCCUGGAGCUGGGAUUAACCUCAGCAGUUCUGCCCCGAGCCCAGCAGGGACACAUUCCCUGCUUUACCUGGGAACUGAAGACCCUGGGGUGUGGGGAGGUGGUGGCCACGGAUUCUGUGUCGUUUUUUGGGCUGUGGAAAUGUCCCAGCUCUGCUUUCCCCUCGCUCAGCCCCCAUUCUUUUCUCCAAUGGAGAAGCCACUUACCCUGCUCUAGUCCUGGUCCAGAGGGAGGAAUUCCCAGCACUGUCCCUUCCUGUCCCCUCCCAGCUGGGAAAAGCAGGAAUUCCAGGAGCCUGGGGGUGCUGACAAGUUUUUCUUUUAAUUAGCAGCUGCACCUGAUUUAAAUUCAGAAUUUCAGCCAAUUUCCCCACAAGUUUUGCAGGCUGGGUGUUCGUCCAGGGGCAGAUCCUUGGGUUCAGCCUCUGAUGGUUUUGGUGCUUUUGUUUCUCAGAGUGUGUUGCUGCUUUGGGUUGGUUUAAAAAGCUUUUUUUUUUUUCUCUUCCCUUUUUUUUGAAUGUAGAAAAGGGGAAACAGAGUGUUCCCUUCCCUUCUCUUCUUCCCUGCAUGGAUUCACACACGUUCCAGAUUUUUUCUGAGGUGUGCUGGCCAGAAGAGCUCUGAGAAAGGAAACAACUCAAAAGAGGAGUUUUUCCCUUUUUGUUUUUUCCUUUUUUUCCUUCCUGCAAUUCCCUAAUUUUUCAUUUUAUCCAAUUGAAUUCCCCACUCCUCUUUCUCACAGAUCCUUAAAGCAUCACCACCAAAUUUGUGCUUUUUGUUUUCCUUUUCCUCUCCCUCCUCCUGCUUCUCCCUGCACCUUGAGCCCCGCACUGGCACUUCGAGAAAACCAGGUCCAAAAAAACCGCACCCAAAACGUCAAAAUUGCAGCUUUUUAGCAUUUUCCAACAGCCCAAGCAGUGUUCCCUCACAGCCUGGAUGCUGCAGGAACUUCAGGCACCAGGGGAAGGUUCUGGGGAACUUUCCUGAGCUCCUUGGCUGGUUUGGCAUCUUCACUUUGUACCUUCUAGGGGCUGAUUUCCCCCUUUUAUUCUCCUUUUUUUUUUCCCUUUUUCCCUCCUUCUUUUCCCUUUUUCCCCUUCCCCCCCUUUUCUUCCCCCCCUUUUCUUCCCCCCCUUUUCUUCCCCCCCUUUUCUUCCCCCCCUUUUCUUCCCCCCCCUUUUCUUCCCCCCCUUUUCUUUCCCCCCUUUUCUUUCCCCCCUUUUCUUUUUCCCCUUUUCUUUUCCCUGUUCUCCCCCCCCAGUUUUCCCCUUUUCCUCCCAUUUUCCCCUUUUUCCUUUCCCCCACUUUUCCCUUUUUCCUUCCCCCUCUUCCUUUCCUCUUUACUUUUCUCCCUUUUCCCUCUCCCUUUUCCCUCUCCCUUUUCCCUUCCCCUUUUCCCUCUCCUUUUUCCCUCUUUCCCCCCUCCUUUCCCCCUUUUUCCCCACAUUUUCCCCAAAAUCACCACGAGCUGCAGGGUGUCCCAGCACCGGUCACUGCCCGUGUGGUCUAUGCAUCUCUUAAUUAGCACAAACACUGUUAAUUGCCUUCCCCGUGCCCUCUCCAUCGAUGUGUGCGUGUCGAUUUUGACGGCUUUUCUUGGAUCUGGAUUCUAUUUUAUUGCAGUGAAGACACUUUGUUAUAUAAUGUUUAUAUAUUUGAAGAUUUGUGCCAAGAGAGGAUGUAUAUUUAAUAAAAAACGUGAUUGAC